GGUUUAAAAGAAAAUCCAGUGUACUAACAUAAAUUUAUAAUAAAAUAGUAAUACAUUUUGUCUGAAGAUUCAAAUAUGAAAAGGAAACUUACAAAUGUACUUAGGGUAAAAAUCUUGUCAAGGAGACUUGUUUCUUCGCCUGGAGGUUCAACCGCUACCUACUUUUAUUUCCUUUGUCCAACAAACGAUGUUAAAUGAUCUGCUAUCUGUUAUAGUCUCAGCCAUUUCUCUCCCUCUCUCUGAUAAAUUUCUUUUCUUUCCUUUUUUUUCCGAGGUACAAAGCCCAACACGCUUUCAUCAAUUAUAGUGACUUUUUUCAUCAAUUUGUGUGGCACAUUUGGUAAGGGUCAAGAAGCCAUUAAUUUGUAAUAUAUUUUACAUGAUUCUUUUUCAGCAACUCUUAAUCAAGAUUCAUGAUCCUCAAUCCUUCAGUUUGAAUAUCAAGAGAUAGAAGAGAAGUGGGAAGCUUAUUACAGUUACGUAACAUGUUCCCGAUGGCAUGUUCAUCUCCAUUAGCCAAAGAUGACUAGCUAGUUAACUUUGCCUUUGUAUAAGCUCUCACUGUCCUUCUAUCUCUCAUUCUCAUUUUGUGUAUCGUUUCUUUGUGAUCUGGUGAAAUGGGUGUAAUGGGCAAAACAAGAAUGGUCUUAACAUUAACAAGCAGAGGCAUACAUGAGGCCUUGAGCUUCAUUGUCUUUUCUUUCCUUGAUCUUCUCGAUUGCAUUCUAUGCUUUGCAUACAAAGUCGCGGAUUUCUUGAUUGAAGCAGAAUGGAAACCUUGUUAUUGUACUUCAGCUAAAGAAGCCAUCACUAGCAGUGGUAAGAUCUUGGUCUCUGAGAAAGGUGAAUCCAAGAUUGUUUGUCUCAGUUCUAGCAAGUUAGAACUAGAGGAAAUCUCAGAUACUCUGUAUGCCCGCCCUUCACUGCUUUCUGAGGUUUCAAAAUCAACUGUUAAUGAGCUUAAAAGAAUCAAGGUUGAGAAGACGCUUGUGCAGUCUUGCGGGAAGUUCAAGAAAGGAACGGUGAGAUCCACAUUCACUGUUAACUCGACCAUUGUUGAAAUGCUUCAAGGAAAGAUUGGUGGCCAGCAGUCGCAUCCUGUUCCAAGAUGGUCUGAUUGUGAUUGUAAACAAUGCACUUCUUGGACCACUUGUGGGAAAGAAACUCUCUUUGUUAAAGCUCAGGGUCCAAAAGGUAAGACAAAAGAAGAUGUCCUCUUUAUUCAUGGAUUCAUCUCAUCAUCAGCAUUUUGGACGGAAACUUUAUUUCCUAACUUCUCAGAUACUGCUAAAUCAAGCUACAGAUUUUUUGCGGUGGAUUUGUUAGGGUUCGGGAGAAGUCCUAAGCCAACAGACUCUCUUUACACACUUAGAGAACACUUGGACAUGAUUGAAAGAUCUGUUCUUGAACCUUAUAAAGUUAAAUCCUUCCACAUUGUAGCUCAUUCUUUAGGUUGCAUUUUGGCCUUAGCACUUGCCGUGAAACAUCCUGGAUCCGUCAAGUCACUCACUCUCCUUGCACCUCCAUAUUAUCCCGUGCCAAAGGGAGUACAACCAACACAAUACGUAAUGAGAAGGGUAGCUCCAAGACGCGUGUGGCCACCAAUUGCAUUUGGAGCGUCCCUUGCUUGUUGGUAUGAGCACAUAACCAGAACGAUUUGCUUGGUUUUGUGCAAGAAUCAUAGAUUGUGGGAAUUUCUUACCAAACUUGUCACAAGAAACAGGAUCAGGACAUUCUUGCUUGAAGGGUUCUUUUGCCAUACUCACAAUGCAGCAUGGCAUACCCUACACAACAUUAUUUGUGGCACCGGCAGCAAGCUUGACGGGUACCUGGACGCCGUCCGCGAGCGCCUAAAAUGUGACGUCAGUAUCUUCCAUGGACAAAAUGAUGAGCUGAUUCCAGUUGAAUGCAGCUACAGUGUUCAGAAAAAAGUUCCACGUGCUCGUGUUAAGGUGAUAGAGAAAAAAGACCAUAUAACUAUUGUCGUCGGGAGGCAAAAGGCCUUCGCUAGGGAACUGGAGGAGAUUUGGAGUAGAUCAAGUGGCUAGAACACUACCCCUUUUUAUGCACACCCUAUAUAGCUCUAAUUAAGUCACCAUAUAUGAUAUACAUAUAUAUUAUACCAAAUUGGAUAUAAGAUAGCCUUAAAAUUGGCAGGUUUUUCUACUACUACUUCAAGGUGUGAAAGAUCUAUGUUAAUUUCAAUCUUUAAAAAGAAGAAGAAAAAGAUGAAUGUUAAUUACCCGCCAUUAUCAAAAUAUAAAAUGAUAGUGACCCUGAUAAUUAAGUUAAGGAAAUGCAAAUGCUAGCUAGCUGUUGCACGUUCUUGCUCUUGAAAUCCUUUUCAUAGUUCUUGGAGAGAAAUUUGUAGUUGUUGAAAGUACCGUUGAAGCAAUCAAUUCGAGUCAUGCUGAUGUAAUGCAUUUCUACUGUCAAAUUCAGAGUUAUCAUAUUAUUCUUGAUUCCAACA